GGAAAAACGGAAGAAGAAGGAGAAGAAGAUCGAAGAAGAAAGAAAUAAAGAAACGUUUUAUUCAGACAAAACUUUGACCUAUUUUACUUCUGUUUUAAGGAUAAGAAGAAAGAAAAAGGUUGUUUUCUUCUUCUUCUUCAGUUCUGACAAAGACGAACAAGUUAGGGUUUAAUGAGAUAUUUUUGAAUUUCUCACCUACUAUUCUGCUGCUUCUAUCUCAUCUCAAACUUCCCCUUUCGACUAGGGUUUCUCUAAUUCAGAAAUUCAUGAUUUCUUAAUUGCCAUUCCAAAGUCUGUGUUACCAGUGGAAAGCAUGACUUGUCCCAAGUAGUUUAGCAUUCUCGUUGCAAACAAAAGAGUAAUUAGCAUCUUUUGAAGGUUAUUUCGGAGCAUGGAUGCACCGAGCUGGAUUAUACAGAUAGUAUGACGUUAGUAGCCUUUUUCACCCUUACUGAUAUGAAGGAUGGGCUCUUGACCCCUGCUAAAAUUGAAGAAUGGAUUGCCAUUUUGAAGAACGAGAACUUAUAUGCGCCAAAGAACAUGAGUGAAGCUGCUAGACAAUGGUGUACUGCUGCCAGUACCUUGGCAUCCACGGAGAAUAAAGAUAGUCUUGAUCAAUUUGUUCGGUUGGAUGGAUUGUUCCUACUAAACAAAUGGCUUCGGCAAACAUCCAACAGUAACGAGAUAAGUGACGGCUCUGUUGAAGAAUCAAUCAGAUUAAUAUUAGGAGCACUUAUGAAGCUGCCUGUAGGUAGGGAAACUUGUGAUACUUCUGGAAUCAGGACAACAGUCAAUAAUCUCCUUGGGCAUAAGUGCGCUAAGGUUCAAGAAAUUGCAAAGAGUCUGUUUGAUAGUUGGAACGGAGGUGGGAACGACAGCGAAGCAUAUCAGCAGAAUGUUGUGAAUGAAAACCAAAUUUGUACAGAGGUAAAGGCAAUACCCGCGGAUAGUGGCUCGGUGGGUCAUGGUCCACUCCGAGAAAAUGCUGAUGAAAAAAGUCACCUUGCUGCGAAACCAGUUGGUGGGGUGUUGCAACAUACUGGCAGCUCAGGUAGUUUUCAGUCAGGAAGCCUUAAAGAUGUCCAGGUUUCUGCUUCCAGUGAAAUACCUACAACCAUGACUUUGAAGAAUGAGGAUCUGAAUGAAGGUGAUGCUCAGUCUCGGUCAAUUUUGCCCAGUCCUCCUCCAGCAACAAAAUCUCCUGUGAAGGAAUCCUCUUUGGACCAAGAAGCAGCGGUACCUGUUUCUAGUUCUCAUUCUCAAGAUCCAAUAGAAAAUAAUUUUGAAGAAGAGUCCAAAGAGGCUCCAGCUCAUGAGACGAAGACCAUCACAUGUGGCCUAGAAAAAACUGGUGAAGAGAAGCUGCAUUUUGCUUCAUCGACAACUGUUCCUGAACCUCGUAUUUUCUCUAGUGAUCCUCCUUCAAAGGCUUUACAAUCUUCAGGGCCAUCUGUCCUAUGCCAUGUUGAUGCCAAAGACAAAGAUCCCCUUCCAAAGAAGACUACCACAACUGCUGCUGAGAAUGGUCCCAGUGCCUUGGCUUUCAACCCAAAAAGUGAGGUGCUUACUUCCGGGAUCCUAAAACAGUUGAGUAGCAAAAUGGAGAUCAAGUCUACAUCUCAGAUGGAUGGAUAUUCUAAUGCAUUAGCAAACUCACCUAUUGAUCGCUCUAACUUGAGGAAGCAAGAGAAUCAAGAGACUACCAAUUCGAGGAAGCAGUGUGCUAAUGCAGUUAACCAUGGGAAAGAGCUAACUGGUAAGUUAGUUUUGAAGGAGCAAGGUGGGAAGACUAGAUCUUCAACAGCCUGUAAUGUAUCAAGUACUAUUGGUAGUUCAAAACUCUCAAAUAUAGCCGAUAAGAAUAAAUUGGAUAUGGAACUUGACUUUAUGAUUGAUGAUGCACUCGAAGUUGCUACCCAAGUUGCUAAAGAAGUUCGAAGACAAGUAGUGGAUUACAGGGAACCAGUCUGCGGGUCCUCUUCUGACAACAAUUCUGAUGCUGGGGGAGUCUUCGAGCCAAAGAGCCCCGAUUCAAUAAAUGGAGAGCUCCAUUCAGUCACGGGACGAUCUAGUGAAAUGUCAACUGGCGAAAAUCUCUCGGCUGGUUCAAAUCAAGAGGAUGAUCAUUCAACAAAUUCGGAAAACAUGGGCGAACCUAGAGAUUCUGCCGCUGGCCAGGACUUACCUCAGGUCACUGCAGAUGCUCACGUGCCAGAAGGGAAGACUGAGAAAAGCAUGUGCGACUUUGAUCUGAAUGACGAGGUUUCUUCGGAGGAAGUAAAUCAUCAAAGAAUUUCAAACUCUCCCCCAGCAAAGUUUGCUUCUCCCUCAAAACUAGUAAAAUCCGAUUUUACUGCAGAACCCCCUCUGUGUUUUGUCGAGGAACAAGGAUCAAAAAGAUCUGCUGCAGCAAGUGAGAAGACAGUCUCAGCUGAAGAGUGCAGCCCGAGUUUCAAGCAGAGACAGGAUUUUCGAGGUAUUGACUUGAAUUUGAUGGAAGGAGAUAAAAGUGAAGCUGUUGGCUUGGUAGUUGAGAAACAAAUCCCAGUCUCAUCAGGCCUACCUUCUGGGGAAUCUUGCGUAGAUGUGAAUUCAAGAAAAGUCGAUAGAUUGGAGUUGGACCUAAACCUCGAUGGUGACAACGAGAACAUGCCAUCAUCAGAUUGGAGGACAGAGGGACGAUUUGCUGGCAGUCAUCUGGAUUCCCGUCAGACCCUAUUCACUUCUGCAUCAUCAUCACUGAAGCAGGCUUCUUUGAAGAACAUCGACUUGAAUGAAGUUGAUUUUGGUACAUCUUCCUUCCAAAGAAAGAAUUCUCAUGGUGGGUUUCAGGUGGAGAAAGGUCCUAUUAUUUCUAUCAUGGGUACAAGGGUGGAGGUAAGGAGGAAUGAGUUCCCUCCCCAGACUCUGUCUUUCCUCCCAAAUGGACAGGCUACAGGUAGUUCCAUGAUGGAUGUCAGUCUAAGAGGAUUAUCAGGGCCUGCAGUAGGGGCACAACCUGCUAUCGCUUUUGCACCCUCCCCGUCUUUGAUGUUUGAUUAUGGUGGGCUUACAAUGGGGCAUACUGUUCCUCCUUCCUUCUCUAUGUAUGGAGCAGCUGCCUCUGCACCUUAUGCUGUAGAUUAUAGAGGAGCCCCUGUGGCACCAGAGCUGAUGGGCUUCAUGGAGGCUGGUCCGUCAUCUUACUCCCGACCAUAUCUUAUGAGCAUGGGGAACCAAUCAUCUCCUCUUGAUGGGGUUGGUCCCUCUACAAGGCCAGUACUUGACCUGAACUUUGGGCUGACAUUAGCAGCACCAGUGGCAGAUGGUGAGUUUAGGGAAUCAGGUGGUGGGUUGAGGCAGCUUUUAAGUACUCCUGGGAAUGGUUCUUUAGUGGAGCAGCAGCAGCAAAUGAGGUUAAGUCUUCAGCCGCUGAGUUCAGGGCUUGGGUUGAAAAGGAGUGAACCAGAUUCAGGGUGGGAUGGGCACCCUGUCAAUUUCAAGCAUCAGUCACAGUGGCGCUAGGUUUGUUAUUAUCUGAAUCUAAAUCUGAAUCUCAUUUUUAAACUUAUUUUUAGAAACCAAAGGUUUCUCUUGUUCUUCCUCCUUAGAGGAGGAUCUAUUGUUGAAUUAGGAAGAAAAGAGAAAUAUAGAUAGAAGGGGGUUGACAUAGACAGAUAGAUAGAUAUACAGAUAGAUCACUGGUAUAUGGGCCUUUGGCUGCUUAUUAUAGGAAAGGACUUAGUCAGGACCCGGAGAUGAAUAGGAUUGGCGGGAUGAUGGGAUUCAUGAAAAUGAUUGUGAGAAGAAAAACGAAGAAGAAAAACAGUUAGGUUUACAUGUUAUUUCCUUUGUAGUUGCAAGUGUUCUAUACUUUCUGGUGCUUCCCAGUUUUGAUUUUGCUCUGAAUAACUGACAGAGAAAGGUAUCUGCAACCAGAGAAUGCUGAGGAUUUGGUGUGUUUGUUGUAUCUAUAAAUUUAUUUUCUUCACUUCUCAUAAAAUUAUCAAACAGGACAUAAGAACUUGUAUCUCAAUUCUCCUUUAUAGAUUACGAGGGUCUAGACAGAGGAGAGGUCUUGGUUGUAUAUCUGGCAAAGUAACAAUGAUCAAUAUUGGGGCCUUAACUCUUGCAUAAUAUUUCUUAUUCCCUGUU